AUGCCUGGUACCAACAGCUCUUCCAGAAUUGCGGAGAUGGCCAGCAUGUUUGACCAGCCUGCUUUUUUUCCGUUUCCAAAAAACGGAGACCAGUUGCAACUAAGCGAUGUUACCGGGCAGCUGGUUUCGGGAACGGCUCCUGCCAUGGUGUGUCAGCUCACCUCUCCGGACACAAUUGACUACGAAUUUUUGCUUGAUUUCUUUAUGACAUACAGGGAGUUUAUUGGUGAGCAUUUUUUGCUCGAAUUACUGCUUUCGCGGUUUGAAUGGUCUCUUAGAAAGGACGAUCAGGCAGAUACGGCUACUGUCAGGCAACUGGUUACCGUGCGGACCUUCGUAACGAUUCGCCAUUGGUUGCUGAACUACUUUCAGGACGAUUUUGUGGAAAAUGUGAUGCUUCGGAGAGAGUUUGUGAACUUCAUGAAUCGGUUAAGUGAGGAUGAAGUGCUGUUGAAAGACCCACAGUCGAUUGCCAGUCGGUGUCUUAUCGACCUCAAGAAAGCCUACAUUCGUCUUUGCAACAUCUUCUGGUUGACUACAGAGCUGGAGAAAUUUGAUACGGUUGAUUUUGGACGCUUAAAGCUUAGUGUUCACGACGAUAUGGUGAGACUGUCUGUGAUUGGGCUCAAACAGAUGACCAAUCCAGCGAGACGCAGAUCAGGGUUACUCUCGUUGUAUGAUCAACAGAGUUCUAGUGCUACGAACCUUCUUUUGAGGGAGCAUGCCCAACAAAGAACUGGUUCUUAUCAGAGCGUAAAACCAAAGCAAAGACUUCCACCCGUUUCUCGCACUUUUAAGAAGCAUCAAUUGCAGCCAAUGCUUCACCCAAAAGACUCGCUUCUCACGUUGAACAAGAGCCGCAGACGGCUUAACGAUAAUUCUUUGCACGUGAAAGGAUUUAACAGACUAUCUGGAAAAUGGGAUGGACAGACCACCACUACCCGUGGGGAGGUCCAGGUGUUUGAGGACUCUCAAGUUAAGACGUAUGCCCCCGGAACCCCGCUCAAAAAGAUUAACUACGAGCCUCUUCAGCAAAUCAGGAGUGUGGAUAUUAAUGUGAAGAAGAGAACUUUAUUCAGGUUUAAGAGCAAGAGCAAGAGACAGACUUCAACGCCUGUUAAUCCGCAGCCGUUGGCUUCUGCCCUUCCAGUCACACCGAAAAGACAAAAACCCGCAGAUAUAAUACAGUUAGGAAAUGACAGAAUCGAUCUGUUAUCUGCACAGGUCAUUGAUGAGUUUGAGAGUUUACUGAAGGAUUCCAACAUGAGAAACAGACUGUCUGAACAUCUCAUGAACGGACGGAAGACCAGCAGAAGCAGCGCCUUCUCACUUUUCAUGCCCAAUCAGAAGCCGGUGGAGUUGCAGGAGACAGUUCACGAGACUAGCACUAGCUACGAGGACAAUCAAUCUGUUACGUCUUCACAGUUGUUGGACGGGUUCAACAACAGGCUAUCGCAGAAUGAAGCUGAGGAAGCUGACGAGGCUGAUGAGUCGGGAGACACUUUCAAGUCCCCUUCUGUGACUAUGAAUUGGUCAAAUUCGCUCGACCUUUCAAAUGAAUCGCGUGGAGAGUUUGCUGCUGCUGGUGACAUCAUACCGACCGAGGAUGAGACUGGUGAGGAUAUCGCACAGAUUCAAUCGUUGAAGCUUGAAAGUGAGCCUGAGAGUGACGAAAAUGCUCUCAGAACGUUCAACCCGCCAAUUGAGUCCGAAGCCGAAUCAGACGAGGAAGAUUUCAUGUCUUCUUUCGAGGAACAGCCAGACGAAAUAUCGCUAGUGGAAAUCGAAGGCACACCUGAAUCAGAACUCAUCAACCAGCUUGAUCACGAGCCUCUGGAAAACAGGUUCUCCGUUAGAAUCAUCUCCGAACAAAGCCAGUCUUCGUUGAGAUCGUAUGUUUCUUACGACUCGGAUAUGUCAAUGAAUGCCCAUGGAAAAGAAGACAAAGGAAAGAACGGAUACGCUUUGCUGCGCAAGAAGACUUCCUUCUCGGAUCUGAGAAACUUCCAGUCUCAGGAUUCCAUAUCGUCGGUGGUGAACUCAUGGGAUGAGCUGCCGUUCUGUAACGUGGAUCUGGAGGACGAUUUUGACGACAAUGAGAUCGAUCUGCCGGAUUUCGGAGACGAUGUCAGCAUGUUUUCGUCAACACAUUCGUCUUCGUUCGUGCUGCCAUAUCCUGGGUUCAGCUCCAGGGCACUUGCAGAGCUGGCUGCCAUUCCAGAUGAGCCUACUAUGGUGAAUCCGAUUGAAGCAGCUCUGUUGAAGCUGGAAGGAAAGCAGGUAGAAACUGCACAGGUGAUAUACGGACUGAACGAUGAGAUGGACUCCAUGAAUUUGGAAACUGCAGACUCGACGUCUGCAGUUUCUAGCCCUAACGAAGAGAAGCUUCAGGAGAAAGUGAGAGAUCUGUUCAUUCAAAGAAACCCUGCUUUGCCUUCCCUAAGCAACGACGAAGACCACACGCUCGGUGAUGCGAAAUUCCGUCUCUCUCAGCAGGACCUCAACAAACUCACCAGGGAGAACCUGACCAUUGAAAAAGUUAUGAAGGGAGGUCUGCACAUAUCAUUCAUUCUGUGCUAUGACUCCAAGCUGCUUGCACAGCACUUUACGCAAAUUGAGAAGGAUGCGCUCCAGGAGAUCGAUUGGAGUGAGCUCGUGGAGAUGAAGUGGAACCAGGAAGUCAAGCCAAUCAACAGUUGGCUCAAUCUUCUCAACAAUGAGCUAGAGAACGUUGCAGCACCUGGUGUCAACCUGGUGAUCUCCCGGUUCAACUUAAUGUCCAACUGGAUUGUCUCCGAAAUUCUUCUAACCAAGGAUAAGGCAGAAAGAGUCAUGACCAUUUCCAGAUUCAUCCAUAUCGGCCACCAUUGCAAGGAGCUACAGAACUACUCGACCAUGAUCCAAAUCACACUUGCUCUUUCAUCAUCCAAAAUCUCCAAUCUAAAGGAGACUUGGAAGGACGUCCAAGCAGGAGACCUCCUACUGCUGAAGAGCUUGAAGGAUCUCACCAGCCCAUUCAGAAAUUUCCAUAAUCUGAGACAGGAGAUCGACAAGUGUGUGGUCUCCAAAGGUGUUGUUCCGUUUGUGGGGUUGUAUCUGGCCGACUUGACGUUCAACCAGGAGAAACCUAGUUUCAAGAACAGCACCACCGGGAUUGUUGCCCCAGAAGACUUCACCACGAUUAUCAACUUUGACAAAUUCAGGAUGCAAGCAAAAAUAGUCAAGGCCUUGAUACGUUUGAUCGAAUUGUCCAAACUCUACGAGUUCAAGAUUGUCAACGACAUUCUGUCUAAAUGCAUCUACAUCAAGUCACUCACCGAAGAACAGAUGGAGUACUGCACAAGCCAGCUGGUUGACCCGUGA